GUCGAAUCUGCGGAUGUUACUCGGUCUGAUCGACAUCAUCCGCGCACACACGCCGUGAUUGUCACUCAGGGAACAGGGACGAGAGAAAGGGAACAUGUCUUCUCGAUCUGCAUUACCGUCUGGAAACGACAGGAGCACAGGAGACCAUCAUGUGUCACUUGGGGCCAGUCGCUCAGACAAGGCAACCAGCCAGUCCAGCCGCUCGCUGGGCGCGCGGUGCAGGAACUCCAUUGCCUCCUGCUCAGACGAGCAGCCGCACAUCGGCUUCUACCGUCUGCUCAAGACAAUUGGCAAGGGGAACUUUGCCAAAGUCAAGCUGGCCCGCCACAUGGUGACAGAAAUGGAGGUUGCAAUAAAAAUUAUCGACAAAACUCAGUUGAAUCCAACCAGCCUACAAAAGCUUUUUCGAGAGGUCCGGAUAAUGAAAAGCCUAAAUCACCCUAACAUAGUGCGACUCUUUGAGGUGAUCGAGACGGAUAAGACCUUAUACCUAGUCAUGGAGUACGCUAGUGGAGGUGAAGUGUUCGACUACCUCGUGUCACAUGGGAGAAUGAAGGAGGUUGAAGCCAGAGCCAAAUUUAGACAGAUUGUUUCUGCUGUCCACUACUGCCACACCAAGAACAUCGUCCACAGGGAUUUGAAGGCGGAGAACCUCCUGCUGGACGCAGACGCCAACAUUAAGAUUGCAGACUUCGGCUUCAGCAAUGAGUUCACCCUGGGUAACAAGCUGGACACGUUCUGUGGCUCACCGCCCUACGCUGCCCCAGAGCUUUUCCAGGGCAAGAAGUAUGAUGGUCCUGAAGUGGAUGUUUGGAGUCUGGGGGUAAUCCUGUACACACUGGUCAGCGGCUCACUGCCCUUUGAUGGACAGAACCUGAAGGAGCUGAGGGAGCGCGUGCUGCGGGGAAAGUAUCGCGUGCCCUUCUACAUGUCCACAGACUGUGAGGGGAUCCUUCGCCGAUUCCUGGUGCUCAAUCCCACCAAGCGCUGCACGUUAGACGUAAGGAGGGACCAAAAACACAGACACAAACUUUCGUGUGGAGGCAGCUGCAGCUCUUGUUUCAUCUGUUUUCUUUUCUUACAGCAAGUCAUGAAGGACAAGUGGAUAAACGCAGGGUAUGAAGGGGAAGACCUGAAGCCCCACAUAGAACCAGUGGAGGACUUCAGUGAUCCGGCUCGCAUAGAGGUGAUGGUUGGGAUGGGCUUCACCCCGGAGGAAAUCAAGGACUCUCUGCUCAAUCAAAAGUACAAUGAGGUCACAGCCAUCUAUUUACUGCUGGGCCGCAAAGGCGAUGAGGGCAGUGAGACUCGCACAGCCAGCAGUCUGUCUUUGGCCAGGGUACGGCCCAGCCCCAUUACAAAUGGCACCAACAAGCACUCCUCCGCCACCGGCUCCUCUUCCUCUUCCUCCUCCUCCUCACACAGCAAGACUCAGCGCAGCUCCUCUACCUACCACAGGCAGCGACGGCAUAGUGACUUCUUCCUCCAAAACAAAGGUGGGCCCUCCAUGCCCGUCAUGCACCCCAAGAGGAGCCCAACCAGCACGGGCGACCGGGAGCUGCGUGAGGGACGGAUGCCUUCCCGUAAGGCCAGCUGCAGUGUGAUGGGGAGUCACAGCCUCCCCCCCUCCAGCCCCAUGGUCAGCAGUGCCAACAAUCCAAACAAGUCUGAGAUCCCAGACCGUCGCAAGGAAAUGACGGCCACCACAAAUAACAUCCCUGGAAGCGCCAUGACACGCAGAAACACAUACGUGUGCACAGACCGAUCAGGCACAGACAGACAUUCUCUUCUGCAGAAUGGCAAAGACAACAGCUCCCUGAGCCACCGUAUGCCUGCAGCCUCUCCCUCCACCCUCAGCAUCACUGGGGCUGGAGCAGCCUCCUCUUCCUCCUCUUCAGACCGAUGCCGCCUGACUCGAGGCUCUACGAUUCGCAGCACCUUUCAUGGGGGACAACUGAGGGACCGGGGGCCCCCGGUUUAUUCGGCCCCACCUACUUCACCUACCCUGUCCCACCAUGAACCCAGUCCCCUGCCCCACGCCCGCACCAGGGCGACCUCCAACCUCUUUACCAAGCUGACCUCGAAACUCACUCGCAGGGUCACAAAUGAAUCUGAGGGAAUCAGGAGAUUUGCGGUCACAAGUUGCCAUUUACCUGGGUAUCAAAAAGCGUCCGAGCCCCGGUCCGUCGGACGUGGCUGGGAUCUAAGAGGUGGUGGGCAGCGGGACCCUGCGGAGGUGGUUUUGGCUCUGCGGGAGGCAGCGCGCGGAUGUGGCUGCCAGGUCCAACAUGCCGGCCCUUUUCUGCUCUCCUGUACCCACGGUGUGGCAGGGGGCCGCGUGGCUUUCGAGGCCGAGGUGUGCCAUCUUUCCAUGGGCAACUCAGAGACUUCUAAUGGGGUGCGCUACACACGACUCUGGGGGGCACCGUUAGCUUUUCGGGACAUUGCCACCAAAAUCUCCAAGGACCUCGAACUUUGAACAGAGGGUCUGUUUGCAUACGAGUGUGUGUUUUGUGUUGAUGUGUGUGUGUGUUUGUGUGUGUUGUGCAAAUAGAGAGGGGACAAAAUAAAAGAAGAAAACAAAUCCAUGAAGGGGUGAGGGGCUGGACCCGAGAGAAAAGACUUCUCCUUCUGUCUUUUCAUAUCUAACCUUCUCUUGCACCACACUAACAUGAGUGCCCACACACACAUACACACGCGCACACACACUCACACUCACACACAUCCACACCAGACCUGUGAAGUCACACAGACUGAGGCACCCACAUUCACAACUGAGGCACUUCACAACUUCUCUACUGAGCUGCUGCAGCCACUGGACAUGGAUCAGAUGGAAUCUAGCAGAAUAUUUUUAUUGCUACUCUAGCCAUAAUGACUCUUAAUUUUCCUAUUUAUUGCUCUGAUCAUUGUUUUAACCCAUCGUCACUUUCACCACUACAGGAAAAGCACCGGUCCUAGUGUAGUGGACCUCAUUGACAAGACAAUUCCUUUUUUAAAUGUUAUUUUGUAUGUUACGGUCAGGUACAUUUAUUCACCUCUCAGCGACUACCUGCUGACUUGUCAUCACCUGUGGAUAAAAAGAUGCACAAAAUUCAUGUUAGCAAAGAGACUAGCAGCUGCAGAGGGCUGCAUCACUCUAAUCCAUGUUCAUAAAACAGAGAUGGCUGCACUGGAUUAAAGUCAGUGAGGGAGCGGCAAUGACAGGCAUUUGAAUUGUCCAAUCAGCGGCUAGAAGACAUAAGCCAAUCAGAGACGGAUUAGUCUGUAACAUCAAUCUCAUUAGUUUCCUAAUGAGACAGAAGAGGAUCGUAAAGAACAUGAGGAAAUAUGCUGUUUGUAGUGAAGAAGCGAAACUUAGGGUGUGUUUGCAUUUUCAUGUUUACUUUAGUUAACAAUUCAUAGAUGUGCAGUUGAUCUGCUGGAGUGGUGAAUGCUACCGUCCACACCUUGGUGCACAUCAAGCAGUUGCCAGGAUCCUCUUGAAAAAGAUGUAUCUUUUUGUAUCUGACUCCUAAUGUUCUCUAGACUAUCUAGAGAACAUUAGCAUCAAAACCCAACUAUACUAUAAGACAUCACAUGAUUUCAUGUUAAAGACAAAGUACAAAGAGUGUAAAGGAUGCUAACAAAUCAGCUGAGAAACAAAACUGGAGCAAUGAGAUGUUUGAACAUCCUAAGUCCCUGGUAGGUUAAAACUCUUGAAUCAAUAGCACAUAACCCCUAAUAGAAUGUUAUUUUUCUACGGGUUGCAAAACGGUUCAGUCUAUACACGUCUAUUGAAGUCUGGCAGUAUGUUGUUCUUAUACCUACAGUCUUUAGUCCAAUACGAUGGUGUCAAUGUAAAAACACCAGGACUUUUUACAAGUAUCAAUUUUGUUAUUCAACUGCAGGUGUGAACAGCCAGAAGGUCUAAAUUGAUUAAUGUUAAAACAAGGCGAUGCAGUUCUGAUAUAGUUCUGUUCUGAUAUUUAAAAAAUAGAAUCAAUAAUUACAUACAAAUAAAAUAAAUUAUUGAAGGUGGUAUUAUGGUAUUUUACAUUUUAUAAUUACCGUAAUUAAUUUAGCAUAACGACCAAAAAAGAGGAGCUUUCAUUCUACUCCCUGAUUGGCUGGUUUAAUGACCUGUCAGUUCUGUUUAGUGAGAAAAUCUGUUUUGUUAAUUUUUAUAAAUUUGCCAUCCUCCAUCUUUCUUCACUUCACCCUGAAGACACAACAGCUGUGACUCGUACCUGAGAAAACCUUUCUAACUUCAAGCCCUCAAGUGUUAAAAACACUUUUGGGGCAAUUAAAAAGCAAAGGUGAGCCACAGUCAGUCAGGAUCCUCGCACACAACAAGAGACACUGUGUGACGUCAUUCCGGUGCAGUGCAAAGCUUUGCUUCUAUUUUGUGCCAUGUGAUUUUUGCCUCAGUCAUCAUGUCAGUAUGUCCACAGGAUAAAACCCUGUGCACCCAAGGAGUGAAACCUCUGAGAUCACCAGAAAACAGAAACACGGCUUUUCUGAAUAUUCACCCUCCUCUUAUUGUGGCACAGUUUGUAAUCUGGUCUGCUCGUUAGUGACUGCGGACUAAGUUUGAGUGUUCAGUGGAGAGGCCACAAUGAAGGCAGUGUGGACGCCACUGUCCACACAGUUUCAUACAUUGCCUUCACAGUCAAUGUCCCUGGGCUCCUUUUUCAAAGUACAUGUGAAAAUAAGCUUUCUAUUGUCCAUGACUGUUUUGAUUCAAUAGCAUACAGUAUGAGUAUUUAUGUAGGUAACGCAUCAUGUUGUUUGGCUGCUAAUUUACCGUUGAAAUUGUCUCAGUUGUGACCCCUAGAGCAGCCUCCCACUCCCCUGCUUUCUUCCCCACUGAAGAAAAACCCUCUAUUUCUAAAUUUAACAGGGACUCCAUUUUCACCUGUCCUCAUACAUAGGUACAUAGGUCUGUCCUCACAAUCAGCUGUCCUCUGCUCUUUGUCAGACGUCCUGUUGACCUCACAGGGAUCAUCCCCCCACACUUUUAUGUUGUAUAUCCAUGUACAGCAUCUUCAUGGUUCCUGUUUGGUGUGCACUGCUUCAUAAAGCCCAGCAGGGGGAGGGGGCGGUUCUGACCCGUCCUCGUCUUCCUCAGGGUGAGAAGCAGAAACACUGUGGGUCUGUUGUUGUCCUCUCGUUGGACAUUUCUCAUUGUGGUGUAUAUUAGCAUUAGGUAAUAUAGACCUCAAUGCAUUUUGCUUUGACUUGAAUCAGCUCCUUCCAGUGUACCUGUAUAGGUAUUGCCCAGUACUAACCACUGGAGGGCGCCAAUGUCUUAAAUGUGAAACACUUAAAUUUGUGGAUAUUUGCACAGGUACUUUAUUUAUUUUUUAGAAUAAUAUCAUUAAAAAACAGGAUUUAUAUCAGUCAGAUGAUGGCUGUAUAUAAAACAUAUGAAUAUAGUAUAUAUCUUAGAGCUCAAGGUUUAUUUAUAGCUAGAGCAGGGAAAGUAAUUCUAGUCUAAAGCAGUUUCUGCCAGUGACAGUGGGGAGCAAGACCAUCCUGCAUGACUUCAGAGUUUGGGUAUUAGGGUAAAAAUGAAACUAAACGCUCACCUGGGUAAGACGCUACGUCAGACACAGGAUGUAAAGGAAAUGGUGCCAAAUGUAGCAUCGGUUCCACUCUCACCAAAACAAACAGGACGGUUUGGGUAAAGUUGAAUCACGUCCUUCCGGGUUGACUAAGACAGAAAGUCAGUAUGUUCCAGAUUGUGAGUUCCUUGAUGUAUUUACAUAUGCCAUGAAAUGUAUGAAAACAGAGAGUGUUCGAAAAAACAAAAAGUUCUACAGUGGAUCGACUAAAAUAACAAUUAGUCCCCGGCCACUGAAAAGCCCUGUGUUGCAUCAAAGCCAUAGAAAUGUGACGCUGCUGUCUCCUGAUAGCAAUUAUAAAUCAGGCCUACAAACAUUUCACUGGAAAUGAUUGGGGUUUAAACAUGCUCAGUUCAAAAUAUAAGCAGUGUCUUAAGGUGAACAUCUACUGUGAAAAAUGAUUGAAAUAAUUUUUUUGUUGUUGUUUUUACCUGUGUGGGACAGUGUGUUGCUGGUCUAGUUUAUUUGGUGAAUGGUACAGUAUUAUAUCCCUUCGGGGCUCAGUAUUUAACCUACCUUGUCAUUUCAGAACAGAUUACGGGAAUGGUUUUUGUUAUAUGCAAAAGGCACAGAUUAACACACAGUUCUAACUGUAUGAGUGAUCUUACCCUGCUCUACUGGUUAAUCCCUUCCCCUUAGAAAGAAACUGUAAACUGAGAUUGCGUCAUUCUGGUAUUCUGGUUGAGAUUAUGGAGCUAAAGAUUAAUAAAAUUCACUGAUGUUGGCAUUUA